CAAAAUCUACACAAAUAUUACACAGGAUAUCACAGAUAUUAUUACACAUUUGAGUGAAGGGAUCCUUCGUAUAGUAAAAGUGCAAACAAACACAACUAUAGUGGAGCAAUGACUUCUCGUAAACGAAGCGGAAGUGGAUCUUCGAAGCGUCCUAAAGAAAAAGUUGUUUACAUUUACGAAUUAUUCUUUCGUGGAGAAGAUCCAACCACUGAGAGUACGGAAUUCUGGAAUGAAUUUUUUUUGUUACAACCCAAUGUAGAAUCACUUGAAGCUGAAAUAACAAAACUUACAUCCGAACAGUUUAUCAUAGUUAACAAAAAUCUGACUUUAGUAUUUCAGAAAAGCAUUGAAAUGAUGGAAACAGAUCAUCCGAAGCGACUGUUUAAUAGCCUGCAAACGCUCUGUUCGUUAUUUUAUGCAAUUUAUAAAAAAUCAUCAACAGAUUCUUCAUUUAAUUGUUUAAAUGAAAUUUUUGGUAACGAACGAAUGGAUAAAAGUAUUCGACAGUUAAUGAACAACUGUAACCAAAUAUUAUUAGGCGAAGUAGCUGAGAGAGCCCGUUUUAUGUGCCUGAAACUACUGCUAAUAAUUGUGACUGGUACUGACAAUAUCAGUCAAAAUGUUCUGCUGGAGUAUUUGACAACGUAUACCCUGUUUGAUGAUUUUGUACGUUUAUUGAGUGAUUCUACACUACGGGCACAGCAUGGCCAUGACGUUGUUAUUUUGUUGACUGUAUUAGUUAAUUAUAGAAAACAUGAAGCGGCUAAUCCAUAUGUGGUUCAGUUAUCUAUAUUAGCUGACGAAAUGGCUCUAAACGGCUAUGGCCAGAUGAUAUCACAAUCUCUGAUUGAUUUCUGUCGACAGUAUAUGCAGAGUUUAUCAAAUGUUCAGUCCUCAUCUUGGUUUUCAUCUUUAUCAAACAUUGUUGGAAAUAUGUUUGUAUCAGACGAAGGCUGUGAACGUGUGCAGCAAAUUAAAGCAAACAAUGGACUUUUACUAGCCUUAUACGAAGCGGUUCAUCUAAAUCGUAAUUUCAUAACUACUUUAGCUCACACGCAAGCUGAAACCAGUGCACCGCCGUCUCCUAGCAAUACCUUAAAUUUAGCAGAACCUGUGCCUGAUUUGGCUACUGCUCCGAUAAUAGACAUGACACAAUAUCCAACUAACUUGCUAGUUGCAGUUUUUCAAUACUGUUCAAUUGUAAUGCAAGAUAACAAAAAUGAAUCCAGUGUCGCGAAUCUUAAGCUUUGUUUCCUUAUUUUAACAUGUAUAUCGGAGGAUCAGUAUGCAAAUUCAAUGAUGCAUGAUAGCAACCUCACAUUUAAAGUCAUGCUACAUCGUGCUCAAAUGCGUCAUCGCAAAUUAAAUGUUGAUAGGGUGGGUAAAUCUCAACCAUUGGCAGCCACAUUGCUCGAUCUAUUGGUUGAAUUUAUUGUUUCACAUUUAAUGAAGAAAUUCCCAAUGGAGUUAUAUUUACUUUGCGUUGGCGUUAUUCAUCGAAUACUUUGCUACCAAAAACGGUGCAGAGUUCGCUUGAAUUAUCCAUGGAAAGAGCUGUGGUCGGCUUUAAUCGGAUUACUUCGCUUUCUUGUCAAUCAGGAGCAAACACUUGUGAAGAAAUGUAAUAUAUUUUAUUUAUCAGUUCAGGUGGUAAACAUUUUUAACUUAUUUAUUACAUAUGGAGAUACUUUCUUGGCAACAACGAAUAGCUACGAUGAAUUGUACUACGAGUUAAAUAGAGAAGAAAAAGUUUUUUCAGAGAUACACGCAUUAGUUUUACGUUAUACCACAAUGGCAGAUUGUGAAUAUAAAGAUGAUGUUAUAAAACUAUUGAAUGCGCUGGUAAAUAUUUUGGCUAUAGUAAAACAUUUCCAAAAUAAAAUAAAAGAGUGGUUGGCGGAACAAGGCCUCUCUACGCCAACAGAAGACCAAAUUUUAGAUGUGGUUCGUAAGAAUUAUGAUCUCACUCUUAAACUCCAAGAUUCGCUUGACCAGUACGAGCGAUAUGCCGAAGCACCACGGCAUAGUGCUUUUUUUAAAACAAUGGUUCGAGAUGUGGUCAACGACACUCGCAAACACAUAUACGACUAUGUGAAAGAGGCAGUUUCUAUUAUACCAGACCAGGAUGCGACACUCUCAACAAACUUAUCUGUUACAAGCACAUAAGUUAAGUAAAUAUACUUUUAUAUUUCUUUAUAGUUGGAAAAGUUGAUUCUGUAAUACGCUUCAAUUUUUAUAAUGCAAUUUGCGCUGAAUAAACAAUUACACUCAUUUCAAAAUUAUUUGUGUAACCAAUAGUAAUAUGUGCAUAUAGAAAAAUAUUAAAUAAAAUGCUUAUUGUUUGCAUAGAGUAA